AUGGAAGCAUACCUCGAGGAGGUACGCAAAAUCGAGAAACAAUUCUUGGGCCUAGAAUUGCAGCACGUGGCACACGGCACGAACAAGGAGGCAGAUGACAUCGCCAAGAUGGCGUCUCACCGCCUGCCUCAGGAGCCUAGUGUCUUUGAGGAACGGCUCUUCAAGCCGUCGGCAGCCCCAUCCACCAUGGGACCAGCAUCACCUCAGGAGGAGCUCCCUCAGCACCCCUCUCGGGCGCCCCCGCUUGCGGAGGGGUGCUGGACUGAGGAGUUCAAGGCGUACCUGCUUCAGGGGGCCCUGCCAGAGAAGGAGGAAGACGCAGAACGUGUGGCUCGCCAGGCCACUGCAUACUACAUUCAGGACGGCGAGCUCUAUCGAAAGAGGCCAAACGACGUCUCUCUGCGGUGCAUCUCCUGGGAGCAGGGACACGAGCUGCUUGCUGACAUGCAUGGCGGGGACUGCGGGCAUUACUCUUCAUCGCACACCCUCGUGGGCAAGGCGUUCCGUAGCGGAUUCUAUUGGCCCACAACGCUCAAUGAUGCCACCGAGCUAGUGAGAUCCUGUGAAGCCUACCAAUUCCAUGCAAAGAAGAUCCACCAGCCUGCUCAAGCGAGAUGGCCCGUCGCCUUCCCCGACCUGAGCCCGGCGGCGGGGUGGCUGAUCAUAGCCGCCACUGCUAGUUCUCUCACCGGCGGAGGAGCCGCUGCCGCUGGGGGUGGUGCGGCCGUCGCUAAGGGCAAGCUCACCCUCGUCAUCGUCGCGGCCGUCUCCAAGGCCAAGAUCAUCGUCGCUGCUGCCAUCCUCGGGGCAGCACCCCACGCGGCGGCCGUCUUCACUAAACACCCCCACAUAUAG